AUGCGUGAACUGCUGCAGCAGCAGCAGCAAGAACAGCCGCUGCUGCAAUUUGAGGGUGCUGCUGCAGCAGACUACGCAGCCUUUGCUGAAUCUUCUGCAGCAGCAGCAGCAGCAACAGCAGCAAGACCAGAUGAGCAGCCUUCAUUCAAUUUUGCUGCUGCUGUUCGAGCAGCAGCAGCAGCAGCUGCUGCUGCUGCAUCAAAGAAGCGAACACUAAAGGCGAAUUCUCCCUUCCUAUGGAACUCUACAGACAGCAGCAGCAGCAGCAGCAGCAACAGCUGCUGCCUACAGUUUUCUCGUCUUUCAGGAGUAUACGGUGCUGCUCCAGCAGCAGCACCUGCUGGUGCAGCAGCAGCAGCAGCAGCAGCAGCAGUAGCCUCCCAUGACGCAGCAGCAGCAGCAGCAGCGAGCGACCACGCUGACGAAUGCGGUGUCCCGAAAGAUGCAGCAGCAGCAGCAGCUGCUGCUGCUGCUGCUGCUGCUGCAGGUCUAAGCAGCAUAGAAAUGUAUGAGCAGCAGUUACGUGAGUGUCACGUGCUGCUGCUGCAGCUGUUAGGGGGAGACGCGCAGCAGCAGCAGCAAGCAGCAGCAGUAUUCCUCUCCUCUGCUGAAUCCCCUGGCGUGCUGCUAGCAUUAACAGCAUAUGCUGUAUGUGGUUACCAUCCUCUCUUAUUCUCUCAUUCAUGUUAUCAUGCUGCUGCUGCUGCAGCUGCUGCUGCUGCAGCUGCUGCUGCAGCUGCAGCUGCUGCACAAGGUAGUGCUGCUGCUGCUGCUCAGCAACAGCAACAACAGAAACAGCAAAGAGAAAAUAGCGGCAGCUGCGUUUGCGCAGGAGUUAUGGCUGUGCUGCAGCAACAUAAGCAGCAGCAGCAGCAACAGCAGCAACAGCAGCAGCAGCAGCAGCAUGACCACUUAAUAUGUUUAUGUACUGCUCCUGGUUGCUGCUGCAUCUUCUCUCAGCAGGGGCAGAAGAUGUUGCAUGCUGCUGCUGCUGCAGGCAGCAGCAGUACAAGCAGCAACACAAACGGCACCAGCAGCACGACCAACGGUAACAGCAGCAGCAGCAGCAGCAGCAGCAGCAGGGAUGAGUUCCUGCUGCAGGUACUAUGCGCCUCCUUGCUGCGGCAGCUCGUGGGGCCCUGCUGGGUAUCCUUUGAUUGCUGCGAGCAGCAGGCAGCGCUGCUGCUGCUGCUGCAGGCAGCACCAGCACAUCCGCAGCAGCAGCUGCAGCAGCUGCUGCACAAAGUUCUUACAGAUCUACUAGCAUAUCAGCAGCAGGAGGGGUCCUGCAGCAGCUGCAGCAGCAGCAGCAGCAGCAGCGGCCGGUACAGUGAGCAGCAGCAGCUGCAGCUGUCAACAGAUUCUUGUUGCUGCAGUAGGGAUAUGUGCUCCCGCAGGCAGCUGCUGCCAGCAGCAGCAGCAACAGCAGCAGCAGCAGCUGACAGCCGUAGCACGCCACGCUGCAGCACGAGCAGCAGCAGCACUAGUGGUGGAUGCAGGCGGCAGUCUAUGACGAGUACUGCUGCUGCUGCUGCUGCUGCACCAGCUGUAUUGCCAGCAGCAUUAAAAGCAACUGCAGCAGACAGUGCCCUGCAUCAGGGUGCUGCAACAGACGAGGCAGCAGCAGCAGCAGCAGCAGCAGGAGCAGCAGCAGCAGCAGCAACACAAGGAGCAGUAGCAGCAACAACGGGCAGCUCUAAAGCAGCAACGGGAUUUCUUCCCGCGGGGCAGCAACCCUCCCCACCAGACUCUGCAGCAGCAGCAGCAGCAACAGCAGCAGCAGGAACAGCACCAGGUGCUGCUGCUGCUGCUGCUGCUGCUGGAGGUUCUGUUGUUGUUUGCUGCUACUCAAGGCAGCGCUGCUGCACUGCAGCAAAAUCCUUAACAGAACGGGUGUUGACUCGCGUGAUGGAGUUGAUGCGUCGUGCAUCAGCAGCAGCAGCAGCAGAAGGAGCAGCAGCAGCAGCAGCAACAGCAGCAGCAGCAGCAGCAGCAGCAGAUGAAGCUGCUGACUAUGGUACAGCACGAUUCGUCUUACUCUCCUCGCUGCGUUUGCUGCAGGUGCUGCUGCGUGAUUGUCCUAACUUCUUGCUGCUGCAGCAGCAGCAGCUGCAGCAGCUGCAGCAGUUACUGCAGCAGACUGCAGCAGGAGGGCAGCAAUAUAACCUCGUACUUGCACCAGGAAUGCUUGUUGCUGCUACUGCUGCUGGUGCUGCUGCUGCUGGUGCUGCUGCUGCUGAGGGCAGACCAGCAGCAAUUACUCCUGCGCAUCUUGCUGCUAUUGAGAAAACAAGGAAGAGACUGCAUAUCCAGCAUCUGCAGCCACUGGUGCAGCAGCUGCUGCUGCUGCUGCGCUGCAGCAGCCUCCAUCUUAUUGAUGGUAGCCACCUAACAGUAGCUGUACAGACACUGCGUUGCUGCGUUCUUAUUGCCCGCAUCUCCCGUCCUCGCAGCAGCAGCAGCAGCAGCAGCAGCAGAUACAACAGCAGCAGCAAGGUGCAGUUGCUGAAACUCGAAGCAGAUAUGCCCCCUGCUGCAGCAGCAGCUGCUGCUGAAUCUGCUGCUGCUGCUGCUGCCGUUGAUGAUGUGGGGUGUCUAUACACCCCAUCAGAAGCAACAAGCAGCACUUCUGCUGCUUCACCAGACUCCCCUUUAUCGGGUGCGGUGCCAGCAGCAGCAGCAGCAGCAGCAGCAACUGCAGCAACAACAGCAGCAGCAGCAGCAGCAGCAACAACAACAGGAUCAACAGCAGCAACUCCCGCGACGAAUUCAUCAGAAGGCAACGGCGUGCUGCUGUCCGAGGCUUUCCUUAAGGGCGCUCCUGCCUCUGCAGCAACAGCAGCAGCAGCUGCUGCUGCUGCUGCUGCUGCAGCUGCAGCAGCAACAACAACGACAACAGCACAACGGCGUGGGUGCUGCAGCCGGUGGGAGUGCGGCCUGCUGCGGGAGUUUGCUGCUGCAGCACCGUUGCUGCUGGAUGCAUGCGUUGUGCUGCUGCAGCGGUACUUCUGUACAUAUGAGGCCUUGCUGCUGCAGGAGGUAGAGGAGGAGCAGCGGGAGCAAUGCUGUAGUAAGGGUUCUGCUGCUGCUGCAGCAGCAGCAGCAACAGCAGCAGCAGCAGCAGCAGCAACUAAUGCUCUUAGUAUAUCAGGACGCUGCCUUGUUAUACAAUGCAUUUGUCUUCUUAUUGAAUUCGCGCGUAUACCUCAAUUACGGUUGCUGCUGCUGCAGCCAGAUGCAGCAGCAGCAGCAACUGCAGCAGAUGCAGCAACAGCAGCAGCAAUAGCAACAACAGCAACAGCAGCAGGUGCAGCAGCAGCAGCAAACGGUGCUGCAUCACCAUCCACUGUUGACACUGUCGAUGAUGCAGCACAUCCUGCAGCAGCAGCAGCAGCAGCAUCUGCAGCAGCUGGUCCUGCUGCUGCUGCUGCUGCUGCAGAAGCAGAUGAGCUGCUGGGGGCUACCUCUGUGACAGCAGCACGAGGGAAUCAGCAAGUGCAGCAUGCAGCAAGACCUGCUGCUGCUGCUGCUGCUGCUGGGGAGGAAGACACGCCAGCAACCCCGUCACCAUCCUUGGCGUUGCUGCUGUCGCUGCUGCUGCCUUACUGUCAGCUGUCAGCAGCAGAAGAGCAGCAGCUGCAGCAGAAUGCAGACAGAUUCAUAGAUUGGAGCAGCACGGAGCAGCGGCUGCUGCUGCAGAAGCUGCUGCAGCAGCAAGGAUACACAAAUCAGCAGCUGCAGUUUCUUGGGUAUUCAUCAACUAGCUGCAGCGACACAGCAGCAGCAGCAGCAGGGGAGGCAGCUCGUCGACGGUGGCGACGGCAGCAGCAGCUGCAGCAGCAGCAGGAACAGCAGCGGCAGCAGGAGCAGCAGGAAGCAGAUGAUGAGGAAGCUCUUGCUGGACAAUCUGUUCGUCGUGUUGUGCUGCAGCUGCUGCAUGCGCUGGAAACUCCUGCUGCAUCUACUCACGAUUGCUGCUGCUGCGAAUCAGCAGCAGCAGCAGCAGCAGUAGCUGGGUAUGACAGUAGUUGCACCAGCAGCAGCAGCAGCAGCAGCAAAUGCUGCGUGGAUGCCAGCAAUAGCCGCUGCACACAGUAUAACAAUUGGGGGGAUUUAUCGACAGAGGGGAGGGCGCAGCAAUCUGCUGCUGCUGCUGCUGCAGCAGCAGCAGCAGCAAGAAGAGUUGUUGCUGCUUCUGUUGCUGCAGCAGCAGAAUCUUUGCUGCUGACGAGCUGCGAACGCCGCAACCAGCGGCAGCCCUGGUGGUCUCUAUUGGAGGCAGGACUAUGGGCAGUUGGUUGUACCCAGGCGGAAGCAGCAGCAGCAGCAGCAGCAGCAGCACUAUUAGAGUCUCCUGUUAAGUGUAUAGCAACUGUAUUAACAGCAGCAGAGCCAGCAGAAGCAGCAGCAGAUUCCUCUCCUUCCUCCUCAUUAGCAGCAGCAGCAUCUGCAGCAGCAGCUGCUGCUGCAGCUGCAGCAGCUGGAGCAUCACCAGGCCCUAUUCAAUUGCUGCUGCUGCGCUGCCGCUGCUUCCUUGUUGCAUGCACACUUAGGGUUGUACAGGUCUUCAGCGCGCUGCUGCCUCCGCUGCUGCAGCGGCUGCAGCGAUGUGCUGCAGUGGAUAGGAAGCGUGGGGUGUUGCUGCAGCGGCAAAGAGCAGUAGGAGUGUGUGGCGCAGCAGCAGCAGCAGCAGCAACAGCAGCAGCAGAUGAGUGCCUUGGAGGACGUACUGUCUGUGCUGCUGCUGAUCCUCCUGUUGUUUCCCCCUAUGAGAUCUGCACUUGUAUAGAGGCGUUAUCUAGCUGUCUGCAGGCAGCUUUGCUGCUGCAGCAGCAGCAGCAGCAACAGCAGCAGCAGCACGAGCAGCAGCAGCGGCUUUCGCUUCAGGGCCCAAAUGGUUCUGUAGACACUGAGAAGCCUCACUCAGCAGCAGCAGCAGCAGCAGCAGCAGCGGGGACAGCAGCAACAGGGAUGACAGCAGCAGACCCAGCAACAAGGGCCUAUUUAAGCAGCAGCAGCACGUUUGCUGCUGUGCUGCAGUUGCUGCUGUCCUCUUUGCUGCGCAGUGAUGACGAGGCGCUGCUGCAGGAGGGGAUUUGCUGCAUUGCCUAUGCUGUUGCAUGCGCUCCUGAGGUUGUAGACAUUGAGCAGCAGCAGCAGCAGCAGCACCAGGACCAACAGCAGCAACAAGAGCAGCAAGAUCAGCAGCAGCAGCAGCAGCAGCAGCAAGUUUCCUUAUACAAUUUUCUUAUGUAUACAGCAGGCUGCUUACAGGCUCGCUGCGAUGUAUCUGCUGCUGCUGCUUCUGCUGCUGCUGCUCUAUGGGAGUUGCUAGUUGGGGUGUAUAGGCAGCGUUUAUCUGCUGCUCAUCUACAGGAGCUGCUGCUGCUGCUGCUGCUGCGGCAUAGACAAGCAGGACACCCGCUGCUGCGCAUGAAGUUGCUGCGCACCUCCUGCUGGUUGCUGCUGCAGGACCCUGAGGGUCUCUUCCCUCUCUUAUUAAACUCUAGUCCUUAUCAGCAGCAGCAGCAGCAGCAGCAGAAGGAGCAGGCGCAAGUGUCUCAGCAGCAACAGCAACAGCAGCAACAGCAGCAAAGAGACAGGACACCAGCACACCCAGCAGGAGCAGCGCAAAGUGCUGCUGCUGCUGAUGGGACAGGAGGUGCUGCUGCUGCUGCUGAGUCUCUUAGCAGCAGCAGAAGCAACAGCAACGGAUGCAGUAUGGAUAUGAAGGCAGCAGCAGCAAGUGCUGCUGCUGCUGUUGCUGCUGAUAGCCGACAUGUAGCCAGGAAGAGCAGCAGCAGCAGCAGCAGCAGCAGACACAGGAGUCCUAGCAACAACAGCGUAGCGCAACAGAUAGCACGACACCGUCUGCGGCGACGACAGCAGCAAGAGCAGCAGCAACAGCAGCAGCAACAGCAGCAGCUGAUGCCUGAUGCAGCAGGCAGCACAUUGCAGCUGCUCUUAAUAUUGCUGCUGCAGCAAAUGAAUAGUGGGCAGCAGGACCUGCUGAAGCGCAGCAGCAACAGCAGCAUCAGCAGCAGCAGCAGCAGACACAGGAGCAGCAGCAAAUAUACAAAAGCUGUUUUUAUAAGAACACUCUGCUGCUUCCUCACAGUACAAGAGGGGCAAUGGCUGCGUGCUGUUGCUGAGCAGCAGCAGCAGCAGCAGCAGCAGCAGCAGCAAACAGGACUCAUCCAACCUUGUCUUGCUCAAGCUCUGCUGAAAUGUGUACAAGGGCUAUACCGUCGUUGCUGUCUAUCGCAGCAGCAGCAGCAGCUGCUGCAGCUGCAGCAGCAGCUGUUGCGCUGCUCAGCAGCUGCAUCCUGGUCCCCAACUGCUGCUGCUCGUGCAGAGGAAGCAGCAGCAGCAACAGCAGCAACAGCAGCAGAGCCACGCAGUGUUUGCCGCAUCUCUGAUGGGGCAUUUAACGACGCAAUUGAGGAAAGCAGCAGAAGCAACAGCAGCAGCAGCAGCAGCAGCAGCAGGCUGCAGCAGCAAACUUCACUGCAACACUGGGCAAUGGAUAGGGAGCUCCGUCGUUCCUCAAUUGGCUGCAGCAGCAGCAGAUGCAGCUCGCAGAGCGGCAGCAGCAGCAGCAGCGCAUGCAGCGACAGCAGCAGCGUCAGCAGCAGCAGCAGCAACAGUUCUCAUAGCAGCAGCGCUCCAGGCCAUAGAGGCAGCCCAUUAGGUUUGCUGCUGCAGCAGCAGCGGGUAGAACUGCUGCAGCAAAGCAGGCCUGCUGCUGUACUUGCUGCUGCUAUUGCUGCAGCAGCAAACCCGCUCUUGUGUCAGCAGCCGUGGUCAGAAAGGCUGCGGGAGCAGCUGCAGCAACUGCAGCAACUGCAGCAACUGCAGCAACUGCAGCAGCAGCGGCUGCAGCGACUCAAUCAGCAGCAGCAGCAGCAGCAACAAGGCAGCCUCUAUGCUGCUCGGCAUGGUAGCAGCUUUUGCAUUCUUAGCUCCUCUUGCUUGCCAGAUUUGCCGCCGCAGCAGCAGCAGCAACUGCAGCAGCAGCAGCAGCAGCAGCAGCAGCAGCUACCCGUGCGUAACAAUAGUUUCUUUGAUGACUUCAAGAAAGACUCCGAAUGGGAUGCCGAUGGAUCAAGUGACGCAGCAGCAGCAGCAGCAGCAGCAGCAACAGCAGCAGCAGCAGCAGCUAACGGCACCCAACAACAGUCUGCGGCUGCCUCUCCUACAGCUGGAGGUAUUCGUGCCGCAGCAGCAGCAACAGCAGCAGCAGCAUCUGCUGCUGCUGCUGUCCCAUGUCAUGCAGUCAACGGCGAUUUCAGGUUUUUUGUGCAGCAGCAGCAGCAACAGCAGCAGCAGCAGCAGCAGCAGCAGCAGAAUUCGCAUGCGAUGGAUAUGCCAGCCGUGCUGCUGCAGCAGCGGCUGCAGCGAGCGACGCAGCAACAUCCUAGGCAGCAAAUGCAGCAGCUGCAGCAACAGCAGCAGCUGCAGCAGCAGCUGCAGCAGCAGCUGCAGCAGCAGCACGAGCUGCUGCAAGGCAGAUUUGUGCCUCAUGAGCAGCAGACAAGAAGAGGUCUGCUUCUAUUCGCAGCAAACACCCAGCAGCAACAGCAGCAGCAGCAGCAGCAGCAGCAACAGCAAGAGGAGACAGACAACUCCGAUGAUGGAGAAAUGAGGUGCGAUAGGCCCUCCAUCUGA